AUGGAUAUUUUUCAACGAACAUGCUGCAAGGAGUUUAAAGAACCGGAGAAAGAAGAGGAAAUCGAAAUUUUUGAAUCUGAAUCUCCCCCAGGCACGGAGGAAGAGGAACAAUCGGUAGAAGAGGAAGAGAAACCGAUCAAUAUGAGUGCUCUCUUUCAGGAAUUGGAAUGCAUGAAGAGACGCAUACAAAUGAUGCAAUUACGCAUAAAAUCGAUAAUGAUCGAUGAAGAAUGCCCUGAAGAGGAAUGUGCCGAUCUGGGCGUAUUGUUAACAUGUUCGGAAAAUAAAGAGAUUUGCGAACUGCAAAAAAAUCAUCAUAAGUUGCAAUGCCAAAUCACUGAAUUGAUAAAAUGUUGCAAGGAAGCGAAAGAACAAAUCAAGGAUUUGCGUUUACGUAUGUGUGCGAAGGCUAGAGAAAUCCUACAAUUGCAAAAAUUGACCGCAACUUUGGUGACUUGGAAAAAUACUCUCGAAUUCGAGUUCGGUAAAUGCAUUGAACGUUUCGAGUACUUGAAGCACGUGAAAGCCGAGUGGGAAGAAGUUAAUGCGAAAUUCGAAACGCAAAAGGUAUGUUAUACCGAAUUAGAAAAAACUUUUGUACCGAAAGCAUGUUUCCUGCAAGAGAAAAAGUUAUUUAUGACAUCCAUCAAUGAAAUCAAGCAAACUUUGCAGGAGUUAUAUGACUAUCAAAUGAAUCGUUUGGAGGAAUUUGAAAAACGUCUCCCCGUCGUUGAAUGA